AUGGCGCCCGGUAUGUCGCUCCACAGUGUGAUUGCAAUCUUGAUCCUUUCCACAGACACGGCUCCCGAGUCGUCACGGCUGUACGCCAAAUACUACACGCCGCCUCACACGUCGGCAACCUUCCCCGCUCCGCCCCAGCCAUACCCUACGCUCAAAGAACAGAAGGCUUUCGAGAAGGGACUGUUAGAGAAGACCGCCAAGCAGACCUCGGACGUGAUACUCUAUGACAACAAGGUAGUGGUAUUCAAAAUGGAGAGCGAUGUCAUGAUCUACGUGGUCGGAGGACCUGAAGAGAACGAGAUCUUGUUAUACAAUGUGGUGUUGUGUUUGAGGGAUACGUUGAGCAUCUUACUCAAGAACUCAACAGAUAAGCGGACGAUCAUGGAGAACUACGACUUGGUUACCCUUGCCAUUGACGAGACGGUGGACGACGGCAUUGUGUUGGAGACCGACCCGGUUAUGGUGGCUUCCAGAGUGUCUAAGGCUCCGGCGCAGGAUGCCCCGAACAUGAAGAAUAUCGACCUGAGCGAACAAGGGAUACAGAACCUGUGGGAGUUUGGCAAGAAGCAGGGCAUGGAGUUUGUCCGAAGAAAUUUAUGA